UUGAAAAUCAGCCGACGAUAAUAACGUGACGCGUUUUCUGUGUAAGCCAGACGUUAGCGCCUCUCGUGAGUUGCGCAACAGUCGCGAGGUCAGCAUCAUUGUAACUUUUGGCGCCAAUUGACUACAAGGCGCUAUAUAUUCCAUUUACAAAACAAUUAUAUUAAAAAAGUAUGCCGCCAAGGAAAGCAACAAAACGGCCAGCUCACAAUUCUGCAAAAGGCCCACGAGAGCCAAAACAGAUAAGGAAAAAACAAGAAUUAGUUGUGAAACCUGAUUUACGACAAUCUGCGACUGGCGGCGUAUUAUUAGUAUUUGGACAAGGCGAUGUUGGACAACUAGGUUUAGGAGAAGAAGUUGUUGAAAAAACACGACCAGCAGUUGUACCUGGAUAUCAAGAUAUAAUAUCUGUAGCAGCUGGUGGUAUGCACAAUGUGUGCCUAAGACAAACCGGAGAAGUAUUAACAUUUGGAUGCAAUGACGAAGGAGCAUUGGGACGAGAUACAUCUAAAGAUGGUUCUGAAACUGAACCAGGUUCCGUUGAAUUACCAAAUAAAGCUAUUCAAGUGACAGCUGGAGAUUCUCAUAGUGCUGCUUUAUUAGAAGAUGGACGAGUUUUUGCGUGGGGCUCUUUUAGGGAUUCUCAUGGUACUAUGGGUCUAACAUUAAAAGGAAAUGAACGAUUUCCAAUAGAAAUACUGCCUAAUGUAAACGUAGUUAAAAUAGCAUCUGGUGCUGAUCAUUUAGUGUUACUUGAUAAAAAUGGACAUGUAUAUACAUGCGGUUGUGGAGAACAAGGUCAAUUGGGACGAGUAGCUGCCAGAACAGCUAGUAGAAAUACCCGUCAUGGUAUGGGUCCUUUAUUAACUCCUGGUUUAGUUGAAUUUAAAGUUACUAAGAAAUUAGAAUUUGAUGACAUUUGGGCUGGAACAUAUUGUACAUUUGCUAAAGAAUAUCAAAAGGGAGAUAUAUAUGUAUUUGGAUUAAAUAAUUAUUAUCAAAUUGGCUUAAAAGAUCCUGUAACUCAUUUUCAUCCACAAGUUUCAAAAACAUUUAGUGGAAAAGUUUGGAGGCAUAUUAGCAGUGGGCAACAUCAUACUAUUGCCUUAGAUGAUUCUGGUCAAGUAUUUGUUAUGGGCCGUAAAGAAUAUGGACGUCUUGGACUUGGUUCUAAUUGUUUGGAUGCAAAAGAAUUAACACUAGUUCCUAAUUUAAGUUCCUUUAAAUGUAUUGAUGUUGCAGCAGGCAGUGCCCAAUCUUUUGCUGUCACUGAAUUAGGAGAUUUAUAUUCGUGGGGUAUGGGUUCAAGUGGCCAGCUAGGUACGGGAGAAGAAGAGGAUGUUGAAGAACCUACACUAGUCAAAGGAAAACAAUUGGAAGGAAAAACAGUAGUACGAGUCGCGGGUGGAGGUCAACAUACAUUAACAUUAGCAACAAUCCAUCCAAUGAAAGAAAAAACAGCUGGUUAAUAUUAAAUGACUUGUUAGAUAUAAAUUUAAAGUGUUUCAUAUAUGUGAUAAUAAUUUGGACAACGAAGGGAAAAAAAGGAAUUAAUGAUUUCUAUUCUCCUUGAACAAAAAUUACAUUGAAGGAGAAACUAACAAAUAACAAAACUAAUUCUGAAGAUGUAUCGUAAUUUCAAUAGUAAGACGAUACUUAUAUUUGUACAUAAUUUUUUUGUGCUAAAAAAAAUUGCAUCAUUGUGUUUAUAUAAUUAAUAUAUCGACUGAUUUUUUGAUUGCAUUGUUAUUUUUUCUACUUGAUUGUAUUAUGAUGAAAUAAAACACUUUUCUACUUGUGAAUUAUAUAUUAUUAAAAAAAUGUAUCUUUGUUAUAUAGACCUGAAUUAAGUUUUAUUACUUAUAUUAAUGUUUCAAAAUAUUAAGUAUUUAAUUAAUUCUGAAUCAUAUUUAAAUUUUAUUCAUAUUGUAUAAUUAAAUACAGAAUAAAGAUGUUAUUAUAAUUUAUUCUAUGUUUUUAAAAAUUGUUUAAUCUUAUAAUAAAUAUAA